UCAAAUAGCUCGUUUCACAUUUUGUAAUACGCUUAUAAUUAAACUUAUUUUUUGUGAAAUUUCGAUUCGAUAAGCAAGUUCAAUUUUAAUGACCAAUUUAAAAAAAAAAAAAUUAAUAAUAAGAAAAAAAAAAACAUAAUAGACACUUCGAACUUUAUAUAGUACAAUAGAACUCUAGGAUUAAAAACUAUGCAAUAUCUAGUUGUUUAUCGCGAGUGAGAAAGUGUUCAUAGUGCCAAAGACGAAUGUGUCUUCUCAAUUGCUUCUUAUUGCGGCGACUGUCUCUUUUCGUUUAUAAAUAUAUACAUAAACAUAAAAUGCGGAUGAUAUUAUCCACAUAUUGAUAUUUUACAACCCCAUGAUAACAAUAGAGUGCAAAAAGUAUCGUGUCAAACCAUAUUUGUUUUUCAAAUAUGAGGAGACCAUGUGCAAUUAAUAUGUUUUAUCAACUUCAACGGUGGCACUUUUUUAUUUGCCAUCAUGAUAAUAUAUUGGUCUUUGUUUAUUGACUAUUGGACUAUUUGACAUUUAUUUUUAGUAAAAGUCAUAAAUAUUUAAAUUAUACAAUUGUGCAGUAAAAUAUAUUUAAAUUAAAAGAAAUUGUGAUAUAAGGUUUUUCACCUUUGCGAAUGCGUUCCGUUAUUUUGCGCAACAAUCAAUUUCCAUUUGAUGGUCGACAAGUGCGAGUCCUGCUUUAUCGAGAAUGCGACAAAACCGGCCGCAAAUUGUUGUUCGACUCCAACGCACUGCAAAAAGUGACAUUGAAGGAAACAAAUGGCAAUGUUGGCAAGCGUGGAACUGAUCGAUUUACACGAUUCAGUGAAUAUACUUCGAACAAUCGAAACCGAAAUGGUAAUGCGAAUUAUAGUAAAUCCCAAGCCUAUAAAGCACAUUCCAGUAAUAGUUUCAUUGAAGUUUGUGAAGAAUAUGGCUAUAAGCAUGUACAACCAAACUCUGCAGAAUUUACCAGUAUUGGCGAAAUGGUAUUUGGUGCCUCGGCCAUGUCCUUCCGCGGGACAGCAUUCAAAGUACAUUGGCUACAACAGCCUCCCCGUAUAUUAUGUUCGCAAGUUUUUCUCACACCCGUUUAUUCUGGCAAUGGUCAUUCGCCAUACUCAACUAUUUCCACAAACAGCUUGGCCACACCACGUACUUCUAUCUCUAGUGAACAUGGCUCGAUGGAUAAUUUUUCAAUGAGUUCUUUUUCAUUGCUGGGUUAUCCUAUGAGCGUUGGCCGACAAUGUAGUCUAACACCAAGCGAUCGUAAUAGUUUCAUAACUAGUCCGCUUGAUGUACCGGAUCAACAAUCAUUAUCAACUUCCUCUGAUGGCGGGAGAGCGGAUAGUGCACCACGUUUUUCGUCAACAUAUAGCACUGUAACCGAUUCCGGUUACGAUGGUAUGAGUAGAAGUCAAACGUCAAGCGAUCAGUGGUCAGCAUCGUUUCAGUACUCUACGCGCAGUAGUCUCGGCUCAAUGUCGUCGGAGCAAAUAGAUACAUUGCAAAAAUACAAUUUUGAAUCAAUAUAUUUUUCAUAUACACCAUUGUUCGACGAUAACACAAGUGAUGGUAGCAUUCAGCGUCGUAUCUCCCGUAAUCUACGCACAUCUUUUGAGAAUGAGCAUGCAAUUAAUGAUUUAAUUGGAUUCAUCAGUGAUAACUAUACGCCAACUGGGAGUGCUAAUUGUGGUGGUAGUGAAGGUGGCAACAUGGGUGUGCCGAAUUAUAGACGAGCCAGUUAUAGUGCGAAUGAAUCACGCAGUAAUCCCGAAAUUGGUCGACGUCGGGAUACCUUGUCAAGUGUCGGCGGCAAACCAUCGCAUCGACGUGCUAAGCUGGGAUUGGCUGUGUGCAUCACAAUGAGUGAGUCUUUUGAAGAGGAGAUGGAAUUAUUUUGUAGUGAACAUAUAGCAUUGCUGGAAUCAAUGUUGGGGCGCUUGCGUGCUAGUACGGAACGAGCAUACAUUAAUCAUAAAGAAUUUUACCAGAUUAUGCUUCAAGCGUGGCUGGAGACACAGCAGUGGUUUAGCGACCUGUUUACUGCACCUCGCAUCAAAUGCCCUAUUUGGCUUAGUAUUACCACAAGCGGCAACAAAUACUCCAAAAGCGUUGCGGAAAAAUUUAUGAAAGAAUUAUGUUGGCUGCUAUCAUUUGCUGAUACUAAAGAUACUAAUUUUUUUAUCAGCACUAUGCUGACGGCCAUUUUAACACACCAUCUUGGUUGGGUAUCGACAGUUGCCGCAUUUAAUUCAACAUCUCUGACUGAAUCAUCUACGGCAGCGAUAGAACAGAGGGCUAAACUUCUACAGGUAUCGCAGAAACACCCUUAUAAUGCUCUGUGGGCACAAAUGGGUGACUUAUACGGAGCUAUUGGUCUGCCACCACGGUUAGCCCGGACGGUUGUAUAUGGGACUGAAAAGUUAGCAGUUGAAAGACUGCUUAAUAUACUUACCUACUUUAUACGUUGUGGGGAGGUUAGACGUUCUGCUAAGCGAGAAGACUUUAAUAAGGACACACUCAAUUCUCUAAUUCAAAAGAGAAAAAAUGAAGUAUUAAAGAAAUCUACCAGCGGUUCAUACUCACGUGGUUCAAAUCUGAAUAAGGCAUCGCUUUCUGGUGGUGUAAUUAGCGAUUGGAGUAAUAUUGGUGGGGGGCUAAAGCGCACGCCUACUUGUAAACUUAAUUUAAACACUAUAUCAGAUAAUGGAGAGUUAUCUGAAAAUAUUAUAGGAGAAGAAGAGAAAAGCAGCGAUGAGGAGUUGGAUGGAGCUCAAGUUGUCCGCACGUUGAAAAAGAAUGAAAUUCCAAAUGUACUAGCGUUUAGAGACUCCCGCUUUGUUCAACAAGAAUUGCGAAUUGGCAACUAUCUAAUGGACACCGGCAUUGAAAAGAAGUCAUUGUUAAAAAUUGGCACAUCUCAAAAUAUAAAUAGCAGCAUGUCAUUAGCAGAUAGAGAGGGGAAAAUAAGAGUUUUAAUUACAACACCUGAUAAUGUUGAACUGUGUAUAGAAGAUGAAAAUUCUCUCGGCGGUGGUAGCACAAGUGAAGAAGGUGCUGUAGAAGCCAUAGAAAUAGAUACUGGCAUUGAAGGACCCUUUUCAUGUGCGGAAACGGGUGUUGUGAAUACAGGAAAAAGACACUUCUUCUGGCAAGUUGUAAAAGAAGGACUAAGCCUAAAGCAGCUUCAACGGGGAGAUAAACCAACUCAUAUGUCUUAUUCUGGUGACAGCGAUCAAUUACAACGCCAAAUGGAAUUAGAUCAGCCAGUUGCCAAUCUGUCGCUUUCAGAUCUAAUAACUCAAAAUAGCAUUGGGAAGAGUGAUCGUAUGACAUGGGGCAUUGAACCGCGUCGUGAAAAUGUAAGUUUAGAAGAAGAAAUUCACUUUGACAACUGUCAGAAGAAUCGUGGGAAUGGGAAUGGGAAUGCAAACUCUAUUGAAGGUGUUGUAUUUAUGUUAGGCGAAAAUGAGCCACUUGUUAAUAUUAAGAAAAGCAACGAAGAUCUUAUUACAGCGAUUGAAAAAGAGGGUACAAAAUCAACUCAUUGUGGUGACACUGAUAACGGCACGACUCAACAACUUUGUCCGCUACAUCAACGUACACACGGCCCAACAUCAAAGCGACACUCGGGCGUUAAAUUUAAUUUCGAACAGUUCCCGCAAAUCGCCACUAACUACAUGAAAAGCAAAAAUUUGGUUUUAUCCAAUUAUGACCUGCUGAUGGACAAGAGCGCGAAACUCGAAACACAAAGUGGUGGUAUAACAUUAGAAAGUCUAACUUCAGAGUCCUCGGCAUCUGCGUCCACAGCUAUUGGGAGUACUCCAAACAAUUCUGCGGAAUGUAUGGUUUGUAAUAGUAUACUCAACUCCUAUCAAACACCCUCCAACGCUACGGAACUAGAAUUUGAGACAGAUGAGGUUCGUUCGCCCCAUUGUCAACAAUCAGCGGCCAAGGUGUUGAGGAGUCCAACAACACACAUGCCAUCGACCAGUACACGUCCCUUGCAGUCUGUCAAUUCAGCUGCUUCAAUAGAUACGUUGAAAUCUUCGUCUGUAGACAAUUUUACUGAAUUUGAACCUAAAUUAUUCUCACCUCCGUCUCCAACGGAUCGACAGAAAACAUACAACACAAAUACACGUAAAGUAUCCUCACAUCGGGGUUCUAUCUCAUCGGUUGCUGCAAAGUGCGCUGCAGUAAAUGAGGCAUUACAUUUGGUGAAACUGCCUGUACCCGGAAUCAGAGAUAUACCGCAAGAAGAUGAACCAAGUACAGCAGAUGGCAUGAAAUUGCGUGCAGGUUUCGUGCCGUCACUUUUUCUCAAUGUCAAUGAUCACUACGUAUCUGAUAUGGUUCUACAGGGUACUUGUGCACCUCCAGAGAAAUGGCACACGACACUUCGCGAAGAUAUGGCUUUGUCCGCUCGUGCUGCAUCACUAAUUUCAUUGCCUGCUGAGAAUGUGGCUAUUGUAGCGGAUAUGGAAAAGUGGGAUGUACGGUUGAUUUCACCACAACUUCAACAUUUUCCAUACGUAGGCGAACAAAGUACACCCGUGGGAAUGUCUCAAUUAGUUUCUAAUAUGCUCGAAACCGUGCUUGCAAUGAAUACAGCUGGAAUUUCCGCCUAUGAGUGUUUGGCAUUUCUCGAAUCGAAAAUGCAAGAAAUCUUUCUUCAAUCGGAAUCUUUAGCGGCCUUCCUGCUUGAAAUAGAAUUUUGUCAAUUGAGUACAGUAACAACAGCGCUUAAUCUUAGUGAAAACGAUAUUCCUUUGCUAUUAUCGAUCGCAUCCAUUCACACACCUCAAAUUGCUAAAAAGUGUGGAAUUAGCUUCAGGUGACAAGCUAUCAUUCUAAAAUGUUUUCAAUUUGGGUGAAGUACUUUAAACAGUCAUACAACGCUCAAUUAAAUACUCUAAGUAAAAUGAUAUUUUCCUCACAUUCAUUUUCGUUUUUGUUUUUAAAAACAAUGAAUUUCUUGACAGGUCAGAUCAUUUAUGUGAUCUUGUGAUAUGUUUAUUAUGUAUAUAUAUUUAUAAUAGGAAAUUACGAUUAGCGUAGUGAAAUUAUUUAUAAAAAAAAAUCACAUUCACAAUUCGAUGUUUACAGAGAAUUUGUAAUUAAUACAAAUUCCUGCGAAAUGUGUGAUAUACUUAUAUGUAUGUAUAUGUAUUUUCUUAUCAUAGUAAAAAUUGUACAUAAUUUAAGAAUUUAAAAUUGCUUGUGUCGAUAUUAAUGAAACUUAAAUUAAAUUAAAUUAUUACUUGUCGAAAUAGUGAGUAUAGACUAAGACUAAGUAUUUAAAAACAAUGUGACAUUUGAAUUUUCAUAUGAUAACACCUUAAUGAAAUACAUUAUAUAUAUAUGUGUUUUGUUUCGUAGUUUCCAAAAUGGAUAAAUACGAACAGGACUUUAGUCCGAGAAAAAAAUAUAUUGAUUUCAAUGUAUUUAUAAAUAAGGAUAUACUAAAGAAAAAAUAAAU